GGCUGGAUCCAGCCCUAUAAGUACUAAUUAAUCUUGGUGUGGGCCUUACUGGUUGGCCCAUGUAAAUAUCUCUAGUAAAGUUCACCAAUUCCCCUCCGUAUCGUAUGCACCAGCAGCAACGAUACCGUUUUGAGCACCAGUUAUUGGACAGUUCUUCGAUGGCUCUCUCCACGCUGUCUCGAAAAUGGAGAUGGAAGCCACCUUUCGUUACCUUGAGGGAAGCUUCAAUUCUGGAAACUGUACUGGGAACUCAUGGAUUUCGAUCAGUUGCUGCCCUAGAAGCAAUAGCGAAAGCAAGAGAAGAGAAGGUCCCAAACAUGGUCUUGUACAACUACCCUUCUUUCUCCGGAGCUUUUUCUGCUGCAUUUGCUCGUAUCUUCCACUCUCGCCUCAAUCUUCCUUCCCUCAUCUUGCCUUUUUCUUCCAUUGAGCCUCUCAGGAUUGGAGAUUUAAACUUUGAAGGACUUGAAAGAUGUUACUUGCUUGAUUUUCUUGGCCCCCCUGGAUUUGCUUCCAGUCUUGCACGACAAUCAAUGUGCGAGGUAAUAGGUUUCGAUCACCGAAAAUCAGUACUUUCAAAAAUUCCAUCUACUGAAGACUGUGAACAGAAAAUUACAUUUUAUGUUGAUAUUGAGAAGAGUAGCUCUACAGCUGUAUAUGAAUAUUUUUCUAACGAACUUGUGGAUAUGAAAUCUUCACAUGGGGAAGUUGCCAGAUUAUUAAACCCAGAAGAACAAGUGCAGAUUGAAGAUGUUCUUGAGCACAUUGAAGAUGUAGAUCUUCGGCGAUGGAGUCUGCCAGACAUUGGAGCAUUUAAUAUGGGACUAAGUGAAUGGCGCUCAAAGAUAAAUUGUGUUACUAACCCACAUAUGUUUGAAAAGUUACUGGAGAUAAGUUCCUCCGAUUUAAUCGCCAAGGGAAAUUCUUAUUUUUCCUCUCGUCAGAGUUCUGCAAGCAAGUUGCUGGAUAAAGCUUUUAAAGUUCGACUGGGUAGAGGAUUUUAUGGGGAGUGCCUGGGAGUUAGAGCAGAUGGCUAUUCCAACUUAGCUGAUGAAAUUGGCAGGCAGCUUAGCGUAAAAAGUGCUGCAGCUGGUCUAAGAGUAUACGUCAAUUUUAUCAGGCCCAUAGGAGUUGUUAUCUACAUGCAACGAAAUAAUCUUAAAAUGUGCUUGAGGAGUGCAGAUACUGCUACUGAUACCUCAGAAAUUGCAAAGGCAUAUGGUGGAGGUGGCUCACUGAGUUCCAGCUCCUUCAUCAUACGGAUGGAUGAGUACAAUCAGUGGCUCUCAAAUAAACUAUCAUGAUUAGAUCAAG